CUUUCUCAGUAAAAAAAUGGCAUCAAAAAAGCCAAACCAUGUAGUGGUAAUGGCAUUUCCAUAUGGAACACAUGCAAUACCAUUAUUCAACGUAGUACGUAGAUUCCCAAUACAAGCACCAUCAUUAACAUUCUCAUUCUUCUCAACAUCAAAAUCUAAUAAAUCAGUUUUUGGAACAUCAUCAAAUAAUAACGUACCAAGUAAUAUUAAGCCAUAUAAUGUUGAUGACGGGGAAAGUUUUAUUAGGCAUCCAAAGGAUGAGGUUUUUUUCUUUAUCAAAUCCAUGGUUGAGAAAUAUAAAAAUAGAGUUCAUUCAGUGUAUGGUGGUGGUGAUAUGAUGAUUAAAUGUUUAAUAAGUGAUACGUUCUUGUAUUUUGGUGGUGAUAUGGCUGAUCAAAUGGGUGUACCAUGGGUUUCAUUCUGGGCUGGUGGUCCUUGUUCUUUAUCUGCUCAUUUUCGUACUGAUCUUAUUCGUCUAUCUAUACCUCUUGGCCCUAAUGAUAUUGAAGGACGUGAAGAAGAACCCAUGGACUUCGUUCCAGGAUUAUCGUUUGUAAAAAUCGGAGACUUGCCAGAUGGUGUUCUUUUUGGAGGUUGGAAAUCAGAAUUGGCAGUUAUGUUGCAUAAGACGGGACUAGCAUUGCCGCGUACCGCAGCAACUACCAUGAAUUCCUUUGCGGAAUUGGACCUACCAACUCUGGAGUAUUUAAAAUCCGAGUCAGUAAAAUGUCUGCCAAUAGGUCCAUUUACACUAACUUCCCAGAAUCUGCCGCAUACUCAUGCUGAUCCUCAUGGCUGUCUUACUUGGUUAGACAAGCAAAACCCAACUUCAGUAGCUUACAUCAGUUUUGGUACAAUGACCACACCACCACCACAUGAACUUGCUGCCUUAGCAGAAGGAUUAGAAGAAAGUGGUGUGCCGUUUAUAUGGUCAUUGAAAGACCAUCUGGUAAGUCAAUUGCCUGAUGGGUUCCUUGAAAGAACUCGUAAGAGAGGGUUCACCGCUCCAUGGACGCCACAAGAACGAAUACUUAAGCACAACGCAGUUGGCGUUUUCGUGACACAUUGUGGGUGGAAUUCAGUUAUGGAGAGCAUAAUGGCUGGUGUACCAAUGAUAUGCCGUCCAUGCUUUGGUGAUCAGAGAAUUAAUUGCCGUCUGGUGUCAGAUGUUUGGGGGAUAGGUACUAGAGUUAAAGAUGGAGUGUUUACGAAAGACGAAAGGAUGAAAUGUUUAGAUAUGAUCUUCUCUGAGGAGAAACUGAGAGAGAAGGUUGGUGCCCUCAGAGGUUUUGCAAAACAUGCUGUUGGUCCGAAUGGGAGUUCCACCAAGAAUUUCAACACUCUGACAGAGAUAGUUUGCAAAGACUGA